AGGUCAUGGUCGGUCACCGGUGGUUGGAGAUGGCUGUAGGAGUCUUUCUUGGUGCAGUAACUCUCUAGAGUCCUUCUCCUGUUGGUGGCUGCAGGGAAUAGCUCUUGAGGAAUGCAUAGAAGAAGAACAUAAUUACAGCUUGAAUUCAACGACGCAAAAUUCAAUUCCAUCAAUUGCAGAGCUGAAAGAUGAACGGAAAAUUCUGGAACGCGAUCUGCAGCAGGCACCAUCAAUACAAAGUCUGUUACAGGUUCGCAAACCACCUGGGUGCAGGUCCUCAAAGAGAUCCUGCAGGAACACAUUGAGAUGGAGCAACACAGCAGCCAAUACAUCAGAAGAAACUCAUUACUCCACAUUGACAGCUGGCCUGUCAGAAGCAACUCUAGAACAGAAAAUGAAAAAACACAGUCUUUCACCUAAAGGUGGAUCCGGUUUCAAUGGAACUGGGAACUGUUGUAUAAAAUUGGGACACUCGAGAAUCCUUGCUGCAUCCCCACACAGGACAUCUUUAGGAGCGGUGGACUUACCAUUACCUAGUUACCAUGAUGAGGGAGCUUCAGCAAACCGUCCUGCACCAGAAAGUACACAUGCUCCUGGUCCUGAGUCUAACAUGAAAAGUCAGAAUAAAGUUCAACCACAUCUAACAGCUGAUGUGUCAGGAUCAUCUAGUAAACAAAUUGAAUCUACUCAUGAUAGAACUUGCAUUGAAGGGUCACUAUCUUUACAAGAUGAUGUUCAGACGUCAUUGGCAUAUUCAGAAUCUACUAAUGACUUCUCCCUUUGGCAGCAAUCAGUCUCUUCCUCCAUCCGGACAGAUACUCAUUACACAACAGAAAGUAAGAGGACUUUGUCAUCAAAUUUGAAAAACUCUGUUGAGGUUUUAUCUUCAAUACCUAAACAGGAUGGUCAUGUUCUUAUUCCAUCGCCACCUUUGGGUGAAAAGCCCAUUGGUGCUCAACCGAGGAACACGCACAGAGUGAGAAGAGCCCGAGUAGACAGCUUGGCUGGCAGUGCGUGAGCAGUGAAUCUGGCCUGAAUGUUCCAGUGAGCUGGCUUCAGUUUCGAAGUUUGGGUUCAUUUGCGUUAACCUGAAUCGAUUAUCAUUAAAGAAUAAAUGCCAAAGUGCCCCACAUCCACUGUUUUGAUUAGUUUACUUGUUUACUUCCACCAUCCUACCUCAUUUUUACAUUAUGAUGUGUGCUAAAUAAGAUAAUAAUAAAACUGGAUACCAAAGAUA